CUAUUGGACGACGAGUUGCGGCUGUCGGUGGUUAAAAAAAAUCUAUACUUCACGUGACACGUGCUGUAGACACUUCGAACACUGGCAUUAAACACCGGAACGCAGUUACUGUAUAUACACAUAGACGGGGGAUUAUCUCGUCAUCACCGAUGAGAUGCGUCAGCGAUUCGCGGUGCUAAUUAUCCACGCAAGCAGGUUUGUCCGUGUCGGCUGUUCGUCGUCGUCUCGAAUUUCCCCGUUUAAUCUCAUCCCCGCGUCGAUUAUUCUCGAGACUCUAGAGCCAUGUUUCCUGUGAUGUUCGAGAUGGAAUUGUAGCUGAGCCGAUUGUCACACGGAAUGUAAACACACAAUCCGUCUGUCUGUCACCGCCGUGUCAAAACUCCUGAGGAACUUCGAUAUUGGAUCUUUAUGUUGUGAGACGUGACAGAUCAUCGUCGUCGCGCGCUCUCGGCGCGACAAUCAUGAGUUGACAUCGGUUGACGUCGUCGUCGUCGUCAGUCGUCGAACAAAAAUAAAUGCCGGAGCAUGGACGUCGCCGAGGACGCCGAGGGCGCGUUGGAUCCGCGCGUACAGAUUGAGUUGGAGAACUUGAACAAUGCCACUGAUAAUAUUAAUAAGCUGGAGAUUGAAUUGGACGAAGCUCACACUGCUUUUGGACAGCUGUUAACGGAUACACCAAGAAGAUUGAAAGAGAUUACAGAUAAACUGGGCACAGCUUGCAUUGAGAAAGCGAGAUGUUAUUACGAAGCAUUGGAAGUGGCUCGUCAAACUCAGGUAGAAAUUGAUUCAAGCUCAAUUUCUUAUCGUAUUGGGAAAAUAAAAGUGCAGUGUCAGCAACAGGCACAACUAUUUCAAAGAGCCAGUGAGAUUCAUGCGGCUGCGAAAGAAACAGUCGCUCUGGCAGAAGCGCGAUUUAUGUCUCAUCAGCAUGAGUGGAAUUUCGACCAAGCGUGGCAGGAUAUGCUCAAUCAUGCCACUAUUAAAGUCAUGGACGCGGAAAAUCAAAAAGCCGAAUGCGGUCGAGAGCAUCAUCGCAGAGCAAUGUUGUUUCACGACGCGGAAAAGAGACUCUUGCAAUUGGAGGAGAAGCACAGACGUGCGAUAAUAAAAGCAAGGCCGUAUUUCGAGGUGAAGGCCCAGUGCGAUCAGAUGCUGGAAACGCAAAAGGAAAGAGUGGAGUAUCUACAGCAAACCAUUAAGGAAACGAAACGCAAUUACGCAAUGAGUCUUCGGACAUUAGAGGAGAUUAGUAAUCAGAUACAUCAGCAGCGAAGAGAUUAUGACAUCGUGGCCAACGGACCGCGAGAACCUGGCGUCGGUGCCGAGCUCAUCGGUUCCGACAUAUAUCAGAAAUAUAAAAACCAUCUUCGUAGUCCCGACAGUCUCAAAAUGUGCUCCAAUAGAUGUGCCGAGAGCAGGAUAGACGAGAAAUUGCGCGAUAUCGAAGUUGGUAAAAAUUUGCAGAAGCCCGGUUCGGCGAAAGAAGACGCGGAACACCUCGAGAAGAGAUCCGUCGACGGCAGCGAAAGCAAAUGCACGCAGUGGGAACUGGAGUUACAAGCCAGUAUGGAGAAAUUAAAUUGCUCGUCGAUCGAGAACUCGUUGUACGUCAAAGAGCAAGACGAAGUGCCAAGUUCUUCAUCUGAUCCGCGAGAUCCCGACGUCGGAACGCGCUACAACCUCCUACCUGCAGAGCUAUCUGAGCCACAUAGUUCAAAUCGAUCUUCAUCAUCGACCAAAGAGCCGGAAACGUUUUUCGGCAGACCGUUGCAGAGAUCGUGUUCGACGCAGAAUUCGACACUGCGCGGAACAACCAUCACCACAAAGAGCGAUAUCUCAAAAUCAUUGAACAAUAGUCCGAUAAAUAGGAAUUUAUUUAAUUUAAAAAGUGGAAAUGUCACGAAGAAAACGGGAAGCGCGGAUGCAUCGAAGUACGUGCCAAACGGUAUUUCUCAAUUUUAUAUUCAAAAUGGAAACGCGCAGAACGAGAAGGAUGACGAUAAGCGACGACCCGCGAGCUCGCAAGACGACGGGACGGUGUCGUUGCGAUCCAACUCUGCGAUUGUCUCGCGACAGAGCGCAUCGUGCAGCGUUGGAUCCAGUCCGGCGAAACUGAUGCCGACCGCAGACGGCGGUGAACGAGAAACCGGUCCGGGAAACCGGGCGAACGUCAACAGUAUUAAAGAGUUACCGUUGCUGUCGCUCUUCGGAUCGACGUCGGCGUUAUCGACGUUGAUUAAAGGCAAGAGUUGCAGCAUGAUCGACUUGGACGGUAAGCCAAGCCUUAGGACGUUGCUGGACAAAUCUCGUCUGGGCAACAUCAGGGCGGUGAGCAUGGAGAGACUGGCGAAUGUCAGACACAACGUGAUCAACAAUUAUGUAGAGACCAAGACGAACGACGUUACGUCAAAUGAAUAAUGAUGUAGAAUAAUAAUAAUAAUAAUAAUAACAUAGGCAACUAUCGAUUACUUGUGAUAAACAACUUGAGUGUUUACCUACGCGUUGAGUUAGUAGAGAAUUGUGUCGAGGAAGCUCAAAUUCUAUCGAGAGAACAUUUUUUUUUUUUUAGCGAUAGCGCUUUAAUUUAAAUGAUACGCUAAGACAUUCUUGUAUAUCUUCUUGUUAACAAUUUUGGAAACAAUUUUUAGCAACGCUGCCAGUUAAUGUGUUGCUACGUUAAUUGCGUGUAAACCUUCGCAAAUCGAGAAUCCUCGAUGAGGAUGGACUCGUUCGGUUCAUCUCGAACGACAAUGUUCGCGAUGAGAAUCAGAAAAAAAAACGAUCGUCCAACCUGUCAUCCGGAAUGACUGAGCGAGUAUCGAGGAGUCUUUAAUUAUUAUUUAUUAAUGCAUUCGCUUGUAAAUAAACGUUGAAAGUUCAAGUUUAUGCGAUCGUCGUCGACGCAAUCGCGUACGUGUGAAUUACAUAAUUAAACACACACAAGUCGACGCGAAUUCACUAUUUCCAGACACUUGUUCUCGAAGAAAAAAAAACUGACUAGACGAUGUAAGCGUCAUAUCUCGUUUACUAUUUUCUAAUCUUUUAUAUAUAUAUA